UUGAGGCAUGCAUAUUUCAAAAGAAAAAUCUAUUAAUUCAAACUGAAGAAAAAUUGUCAAUAGCAUUCGUGAUUGUAUAUUUAUCUAGGUACAUGGCAAACUAGUCUCUAGUUUUUAGACGUACUUCUAAACUAUGAAUGAAAUUAUUGUAGUUUUAUUGUUUUGCAUAUUGGAUGGCACAUUCGGUUGUACAAAUUGCCCGGAGCACCAGAGUCAAAAUGUGAAAAAUGACCUAUGUCGCAAAAAUACAGAUGGUCAGUACAACACAAAUGUAUUUCAGUGUACAAUACUAGAAGUAAAAGAAAUGAUUCCCGAUACAAAUAGUAUUAUGGAAACAUCGGACCAGCUUGACGUCAUACAACUGUAUUAUGUUGUUGAAAUCACAAAAGUCUACAAGACCAUUGGAGCAUUGCAAGAAAAUCAUCAGAUACAACUUAAAACAUCUAACGAUUGUGUCCCAGACAAACUGGAAGUUGAUCGAUCCUAUCUGUUGGCAGCAAAUACUGAUUUAAUAAUCGGAAGAUGUAACAUAGCCAAACUGUCUGAAAAUACAAGCAAAGAUGAUGAAGAGUGGCUGGAAGGAAAUAAAACUUGUUCCUAAUUUCUCUCUCUGGCCAAUAGAUAUAUCAACUUUAAAAUUCAUUGGGGCAUUCGGAAUAUAUACAAAUUGAAGUUGUAUGAUCAAAUUACACCUUAAAUUUUGUUAGACUUUUAAGGGCAUACGAUACAGUUUUGAUCCCACGGUGAUUUUUCUUAAAAAAUUUGCAUACAAGCUAUUUUUCACCUGGUCAAUUAAAAUAUGUAAUAAAAAAUAUACCUUCAUGUGCUAGAUUUAGAGAUAUAUUGGGUCGAAAUUUUAGACAUUUACCUAAAACUUUAGUUUCUUGAACAUUUCUAUCCUUUGGAUAGACAUAUUAAACUUUUCUGUUUCAAAAGAUAAACACAUACAGAUUUUGUAAAACGAUUUGGAAUAUCUGCUUUACAAACGUAUUCUCUUAAUUUGUGUAACAAUUCUUUGGAAAUAAUUCUUUUUUAUUAAAUUGUCAAGAUUAUAGAAAAAAAACGGCAUUUUUUGCUGUUUCUUUAUCUAAUUUAAAAUAAAUUCAUCGGUGAUUUCUUCAUAAAAAUUGGAAUAAAUAAUCUUCAUACAUUAUCAAGUCAAAAAUCAUUUUAAAAAAGAGGAGUCCAUGUACUCGUUUUCACGCUAAUGAUUAAAAUCACUCAAAAAAUGCAUCUUUUCCCGAUAUGUCGCAGUUUGACAGCUAUCGGAUAUGUUCCUUAUGUCGUAACUACAAUACUCUUCCCCUGUCACGAAUGUGACCUACCGAAUUAGACUAUUUACCGGAUUUGUUAUAACAUAAGCAACACGACGGGUGCCUCAUGUGGAGCAGGAUCUGCUUACCCUUCCGGAGCACCUGAGAUCACCCCAGCUUUUGGCCGUGGGGUUCGUGUUGCUUAGUCUUUAGUUUUCUAUGUUGUGUCAUCUGUACUAUUAUUUGUCUGUUUGUCUUUUUAUUUUUGGCCAUGGCGUUGUCAGUUUGUUUUCGAUCUAUGAGCUUGACUGUCCCUCUGGUAUCUUUCGUCCCUCUUUUCUUUGACGUCGCGAAAAUAUCAUAUUACGUUAGAAACAUCAUUACCUCCCCUGUAACUGUAUCGUAUGCCCUUAACUAAUGAACCAUAAUUACAUCCAAAAAUUGUCACAAUGGAAUUAUUAUGUUAGACUAGUACAGAUAUCUAAUUUAGGCAUUUACAUAUAAUUACAAAAAUGAUCAUUCAAAAUAUCAUUAAACUAUGACAACUGUG